AUGAACCCAGUAUCCAGCAGCCAUGAUCGGGCCAGCGACCGAAGUGGACUUUUGGCUACACUGGUCGUGACCAGUGCACCAUCACCACAGAGAACUGCAGCAAGGCACACAUUCAAACAGCAGAAGAAGGUUCGGCGACCCCUCAAGACCGUGCUGGCAGUGCAUGCAGACGGUAGUAAGGUGUAUUUGUCCGAACACCCCCAACAAAAUCACAGGAAACUUCAGUUGUUCCAUGACAUUAAUGCUGCAGAAGCAGCCUACGCUGAGAGCCUGAUCAAGGAGAGGGCAGAGAACCGUUGUUUGCAGGGAGGUUGUUCAGACCAUUGUCAGAGCAAUUGGCAGAGGUUCCUGAAGAUGUGGAUGAAGAGCUGCGGGUGGGUCCUGACAAGAUGGACGAAGACUCGCAUAGAUAUUCAUAGCAGUGUUACCGAGACCAAGAGUGAUGAUGAGUGA